CGCGCAGAGGCAGCGUAUGUCAGUGCAGCCUUCCGCCGUACCGCGACCGACGCCGUGCCCGUAACUGGUGGUCGGAAAAUUGUGUAUGUGCGUUUUCCGACGAGAUCAGUGUUUGUGCUUGUGAGAUGUGCUGUUGUUUUCUAGGAUUGGAUCUGCAGAAAACCUCGCACCGAUGAAGACAGAUGUGCUCGAGCUUUGAUAUUAUCAAGAUACAGUUUAUUUUCCCGUUUACGAUAAAACAGUUUUGUAGUCAAUUACAUACGGAACCCGCGCGUGCGCCGCCGUCGACACCGCGCUAGAGCCCGCGCCCCCCGCGCGUCCCCCUCGCCCCCGCGUCCCUCGCGUCUCCUGUCGCCGCCGCUGUCAGUGCUCGCCGGAGUCGCGUGACUCGGCCGGCACGCCCCGAUACAGCCGUGGAUAACCUCGGCCAGAGCCCCCUCCCGGUGAAGAGGCUGCACGAAGCGCUCCAGAGUGCGCAGGUGAAGCGCCAGCGCCUGUCCCCCCCGUACCCCGCUCCGCCCGCGCCCCUCCACCCCAUCCACCAGCUCGCCGUGCACCAGCACAUCAAGGUGCAGCAGAGCAUAGUGCAGCAGAGCAUCGUGCAGCAGCACCAGCUGAACCUGGCGCACCAGUCGCUGCAGAACCUGCAAGCGCAGAGUCUGCAGGCGGCGCAGCAGAGUCUGCAGGCGGCGCAGAGCUUGCAGGCGCAGGGGCUGCAGGCGCAGAGCCCCGUGACGAGCGGCGCGGGUGGGACGCCGACGUCGGUGACGCAGGGCACGCUGGUGCCGCCGCAGCAGCAGUCGCCCCGGGCCGCGUCGCCGCAGCACAAGACCAUGGAGCUCGCGCUGUGCCAGAGCAUGGACUCCGUCAACACCGCCACCACAGAGGAAGAGGUGCGGACGUUGUUCGUCAGCGGACUGCCCAUGGAUGCGAAGCCUCGAGAAUUAUACCUGCUAUUCCGAGCAUAUGAGGGGUACGAGGGUUCGCUGUUGAAAGUAACGAGCAAGAAUGGGAAAACAGCAUCCCCAGUCGGAUUUGUUACGUUCCACACUCGUGCCGGCGCUGAAGCUGCAAAACAAGACCUUCAGCAGGGCGUCCGGUUCGACCCCGACAUGCCGCAAACGAUUCGGCUGGAGUUCGCUAAAAGCAACACGAAGGUCAGCAAGCCGAAGCCGGCCGUUGCCACAGCCGCGCCAGCUGCACACCCUGCAUUGAUGCACCCACUCACUGGACACUUAGCGAGUCCGUUCUUCCCCGGCGGGGGCGCGGAGCUGUGGCACCACCCUCUGGCUUACGGCGGGGAGCUCCAGACCCUGUCCCACGGGCUCGUCCAUCCGGCCAUCCAUCCGCAGAUGGCCCCCACACCACUGACGCUGGGCGCGUGCGUGCUGCCUGCGCCAGCGCUGGGCUCCCCGGGGGCGGCCGGUCCGCCGCAGCCGCACCCCGCGCACCCCGCCCACCCCACCCAUACCGGCCACCCUGCCCAUCCGGCGCCGCCCUGCUCCACGCUCUUUGUCGCCAACCUCGGCCAGUUCGUCUCCGAGCACGAGCUUAAGGAGAUAUUCAGCAGCUGCGGGGGUUUCUCGCGGCUGCGGCUGCUGACCGGCGGGGGCUCCGGGCCGGUCGCCUUCGUGGAGUUCGCGACCCCCGGCGACGCCGCCGCCGCCCUCGCGCGCCUCCAGGGCGCCCUGCUCCUCAGCUCCGAGGGCGCCAUCCACCUCGAAUACGCCCGCCACAAGUUGGCACACAACGGCUGGAUACUCGCACACGAAGGAGCCAAAGGCGGAGAAGAGGGCGAGCAGCAUUAGUUCGUUCGUGGCACUCGGCACUUGACAACCAGCUAACUGA